GAAAUAAAACUUUAGGAUAUAAUUUGCUUGUGUGCUCAUUUCAGAGCCUCUUUCCAAUUUUUUCUUCCUAGUAGACUUUUGAAAAGCAUUGCGUAUUUGAGUACUGGUUUAAAAUAAGUUGUGUUCCAUUUUAUAAAUUCAGUGAGGAAUUAUUUUUAUAAAGCAAUUGCCAAAUUAAAAUCUUUUAAAGACAUUUUCAUCCUUUUAAGAGCUUCUAUUGCACUACAACCACUUCAUAGAUUCAUUUAAAAAUUACAAAAUUUUUGGAGAUGUCAAGUUAUGUUGUGAUUCACUUUUACGCAAAAAGCCAUUUGCGUUCUUUGAAAAAUUUGAGCAAAGCCACCCCUUUUCUAUUCUAGUCCAGUUUUGUAGCUUGAACUACAACCCUAUUUUAAAUUGCCCUAUUGGCCAUGAGAUUUUUCGUGCUUAUAUUCCAUCCUACCAAACCCUUAUGUCUAGGAGCUUAGACCCAUUAGAGCACUUUAAGUGCAUGUGACAACAACGUGCAUUUUUUGUCUAGAUUUGGGUUUCUCAAAAGAUUGCAUUAGAAGGUUUUCUAUUUUUCCAAUCUAACCCCACCAUCAUAUUUAGUAUCCACUUUGGAAAUUUUGGAUGCCAGAAAAAUCUUCUAGAUGCCAUUGGCAUUUCAUGAAACAUCUAGAGUGCAUGGUCAGAUUUGGCAUAGUUUUACAUUUGCAAUGUAAAGUUGCUCCCUUAUCUAACCAGCAUGUCUAAAAGAAUUGCCUUAGCUAGUAGCCCAACCCUGGGAAGUCUGAUGUGCAUCCAAGACCUCUAGCAGUGCCUGUCAUUUCAUCGAGCAGCUGAUGGGCAUGUUCGGAGCACGAGCAGCGCACGUGCGUGUGCCCGAGCUGCCGCGCCCACCAACCCUCGCGCCCCUUGACCCUUGCCAGCCCGCAGAGCCGCGCUGCGUUGCGCCAAGCCUUGAGCAACCUCUGCCCUGCUGUGCAGCGUCCCGUCAAUCCCCCGCCGCGCUAGAGCGCAAGCCGCCGUCGCCGCCUUCGGUGGCCUGUUUUGCGGAGGCCAUCUCGUGCACCCUCGAGCGUCCCAGCUCGCUCUGCUUAUCCCCUUCGGCGUCCUCUUCCCCCGACACCUCCGCCAGGAAAAUUGGAGGGAGGAAUCCUUUCGAAGAUUUUGGAGUGCACGGCACCCUUCUUCAUAGCCAAGGCAAGCAUCUUGAAGACUGAUUUUUCCUAAGCUAAGUGGUUGCUUGCUGCGAAAAAUGAUUGCAUGAUAUGUUUGUAAGAUCAAAAUUUCCAUAUAGGAAGUAUUUAUGUAUGAAUGCACGUGACAUGUAUUCCCUUUAUGUGUUGUCACUCAGACGCCCGACUGUGGCAACUAUUAUUAUUUUCAUAUAAGCAGUUUCUGUGGCGUCGCUCACAUGCCUGACUGUAGCAACUGUUAUUAUUUUCAUAUAAGCCAUUUGUGUGGCGUCGCUCAGACGCCCGACCGAAGCACAUUUUAUAUUGUUAUCCUUUCGAGGUGUUGCUUCAGACGCCCGAUCGGUCCAUUUAUUCCUAUUGUUAAUUACUUCCCGCGUCUUCUUAUACACAAUGAGUAGGAAUGAUUCAUCUACAUAAGUGCACCCGUAAAUUAUAUCUUAUGACAUGUCAAGGUUAUUAAGAUUUUAGUGCAUGCAUCUCAUCUUCUUUUACUUAUCUGUUUUCGGAUGUUUGCGAGUACAUUCAAAGUACCCACUGGCUUCACCCUGUCUAUGGUCUUGGCCAAAUUGCGUUCUUGGAGAGGAGCACGAUGACGUCAACCCCGGAACCUAGGAGUCAAGGAUAGCAUCCUUGCAAGAUAGGAAUUAUCUAGGUUAGCCGUUCCUAUGGGAAUGGAGUCCCAUGGACGCUAGAGAUCCAUGAGUCGCUUCCGCCGUUAGGAUCUAGACUUUUUGUUCAACCCCAUGGACCUUCAUGGUCUUGUACCCCAAAUUUUGUAUUUUGCCUGGAAUUUCUGUAUUAAGUGAGUGUCCACCAGCUAACAGUAAUCCUGGGGCUGGUGAACACAAAGGCCUGUUACUGGGAAUUUUAUAUCCUGGAAAAUUGAUCGCUACAGUGAGGCUGCAGCAAGCACUAAGCAUUUGAUAUA